CAGCUAGUAGCAGUCGGUCCAUACAUACACUUGCAGUGCCAUCCAUGUCGAGCUGCAUUAUUGUCGUCGUGCUUGCCGUGGCUGCUGCCGUCAUGGCGGCGGCGCGGCCAUCGGAAGCAGCGAGGUACACGGCUGCACCAGCUGCCUCCUCGGACGCCGACGCCGACGCGCUCCGCUUCCCCGGCCGUCCGGGCUCCAGCAGGCCACGUAGCCCCAUCUUCCCUGGCUUCCCCGGAGCCAGGCCGUCGCCACCAACGUCGUCGUCCGGCACCCCGAGCUCGAGGUCAUCGCCGGCACCAGUGUCCGGCGGCGUGCCGUCGGCGCCGCCUUGCCCCAGGCCGGCAGCGCCGUCUGUGUCUGGCUUCCCCUUCGUGCCGGGCUUUCCCGGGCUGCCUGGCGGGGGCGUUGGUGGCUCCACGCCAUCGUCGUCGCCAACGGAGUGCGUGACUCCGCUGGCGGCGCUGAUGACCUGCGGGUCGUUCCUGACGGGGAGCGAGCAGGACACGCCGACACCGCAGAGCGAGUGCUGCAGCGGCCUCGGGGCCUUCCUGAACACCACCGCCGCGGCGGGGGACGGCGACCGGACCCUCCGGUGCCUGUGCCCGGUGAUCCUGGGGGACGUGAACAAGAUGCUCCCCAAGCCGCUUGAUCCCGUGCGCAUGAUGUAUCUGCCCAUAGCGUGCGGAGUCGUGCUCCCACCGCAGGUCCUCUACAUCUGCUUCACUGGGCAGCAAACCCCGCCGCUCGUCGGCCGCAUUCCUGACGUCUGGGAGAAGCCCUCUGCAGCUCUGUCACCUUGAAUGGCCAUCGGAGCGGAGUGGAUGCCAUCAGUGAUCGAUGAUACAGUCAAACAUACAUAGUAUAUAGUAACGAGUCAAGAUUAUACAUACACUAUGUAUAUCUCAUCAGAAAUUAACCAAUACUACCAUAUGUACGUCAUAUAUACCAUCCAUGUGUCAUGUACGAUCUCGCGUAUUCUUAUAUAAAUUUGAAGGCACGAGUUCGAGCA